GUGGCUCCUCUCUACUCACUCUCCUCUCCUCUCCUCUACUCUAAUUAUCAGCUAGCUAGCACAUCCAUCCAUGAGCAGUUGAGUUGAGAGCACUUUAGCAGCAGCAGCUCUAGCCUAGGCUGUCCGUCCUCCUCCUUCGAUUCCAUCCAUCGUACGUACUGUAUGCAUCAGGGGAGGAUGCAAUUAAUAAAAGCCGUCGACGAUCAGCGGCCGCCGCUGGAGAUGCACGACGACAAGGCCUCCAACAUGAAGCAGCUCUCCCACGACGACGACGACGACGAAUCCUCCGACGCCGGCGAGCCAGCCGAGAACUACCGCGGAUGGAAGUCCAUGCCCUACGUCAUAGGGAACGAGACUUGCGAGAAGCUGGGCACCAUCGGCACGACGGCGAACCUGCUGGUGUACCUGACCACCGUGUACGGCAUGACGGGCGCGAACGCCGCCACGCUGCUGAGCCUGUGGUCGGGCACCGUCAACCUGGCGCCGCUCCUCGGCGCCUUCCUCAGCGACUCCUACCUGGGCCGCUACACCACCAUCGCGCUCGCCUCCGUCGCCUCCUUCCUCGGCAUGAUCAUCCUCACCCUCACCGCCGCCGUGCCGUCGCUCCACCCCAUCAAUAACGGGCCCUCCUCGUCGCUCCAGAUGGCCGUGCUGCUCUCCUCCUUCGCCCUCCUCGCCGUCGGCGCCGGCGGCAUCCGCCCCUGCAACCUGGCCUUCGGCGCCGACCAGUUCGACCCGCGCACCCCGGCGGGUCGACGGGGCAUCAACAGCUUCUUCAACUGGUACUACUUCACCUUCACCAUCGCCAUGAUGAUAUCCGCCACCGUCAUCAUCUACCUCCAGAGCGACGUCAACUGGGCGCUGGGGCUCGCCGUGCCCGCCACGCUCAUGGGCCUCUCCUGCGCGCUCUUCUUCAUGGGCACGCGCCUCUACGUCCGCGUCCGCCCCGAGGGAAGCCCCUUCACCAGCUUCGCGCAGGUCCUCGUCGCCGCCGCCCGCAACCGCCGUCUCCCCGCGCCGUCGCCCGCCGACCUCUACGACCCGCCGCACCGGAGCAGCCUCGUCUCCAAGAUCGCAUACACCCACCAGUUCCUCUGCCUCGACAAGGCCGCCGUGCGCACCGACGACGUCGACAACAAGCCGGUCAACCCGUGGCGCCUCUGCACGCUGCAGCAGGUGGAGGAGGUCAAGUGCCUGGCGCGGCUGCUCCCCGUCUGGUCCUCCGGCAUCGUCUACUACAUCGUGCUCACCAACCUCGGCAACUACAACGUGCUCCAGGCCAUGCAGACGGACCGCCACGUCGCCCGCGGCAGCAGCUUCCAGAUCCCGGCGGGCUCCUUCGUCGUCUUCAACAUGCUGGCGCUCACGCUCUGGCUCCCUUUCUACGACGGCGUGCUCGUGCCGGCGAUGCAGCGCGUCACCAAGCGCGAGGGCGGCAUCACCCAGCUGCAGCGGAUCGGCGUCGGGAUCGUGCUCUCCAUCGUCACCAUGCUCGUCGCCGCCGCCGUCGAGAGACACCGCCGCAGGGUCGGCGACGCCACCUCCUGCUUCCUGCUCGUGCCGCAGCAGAUGCUGGCCGGACUCUCCGAGGCCUUCGCCGUCAUCGGACAGGUCGACUUCUACUACAAGCAGUUCCCGGAGAACAUGCGCAGCGUCGCGGGGGCGCUGCUCUUCCUGGGAUUCGCCAUCGCCAGCUACGCCAGCGGCCUCAUGGUCACCGUCGUGCACCACACCACGGGUGGCAGCGACGGACGACCCGAUUGGCUGGCGCAGGACCUCAACAAGGGACGCGUCGACCUCUUCUACCUGCUUAUCGCCGCCAUGGCCGCGGUCAACCUCGUCUACUUCGUCGUCUGCGCGCGCUGGUACAGGUUCAAGAAGCCGGCGGCAGCCGCCGACGUGGAGCUGGAGCUGGAGGGAAAGGCCGCAGCGCCUCCUCCUGUCUGAACGCUGUGGACGAUCGAGGCGAGGAGCUAUUUUCGUCUCCUUUUCCUUUUAUUAAUUACUCAAAAUCAAUCAAAAAGGAAAAAAGGACGACGAACUUGCCGUGCAGUGCAGGGUAUGAAGAAAAGUAGCACUGUAGUAAAAGAGCACUAGUAUAUAGGUAGAACAGUAGACGUAUAAUUAAAGGCCAAGGGAGGGAGACAGGUUGCAAUGCGAAUCCAAAUUGAUGUAUUAUUGCUUGAUGACUCCUCCAUUCAUGAUAUCAACAUGAUUAGCAUCCAUCUCAAUUUUGGA